UCCGACAAGCCCUCCUCCAUGCACAGGACGCUCUGCGUACAUAAAUAGACCCCACCAUCCGUCAAAUUCCAUCAUUUACAACAAUGUUAACAGUACGAUUAACACUCAUCCUCUCCUGUUUUGCAUUCGUAACUCCAACAUGUGUGGACCGGGUUAUUUUUCCCAUGAACGACGAAAUAAGAAAAGUGAUCAUUGAUACUCACAACGAAUUGAGAAACAAAGUGGCUAAGGGGGACCAACCGACACAAAACCCGGCUCAAAACAUGAGAAAAUUGUAUUGGUCAGAAGCACUUGAAAAGGAAGCACAAGAUUGGGCGGACACAUGUCAAUUCAGACAUGACCCUCUACUUAGAGAAUCGCGUCAUGGACAAAACAUUUAUUGGGUGCAUUCCUCUUAUGAGAAGAUUAACAUGACAGCCUAUUUGAUGGAGGGUGUUAUUGAAUGGUACAACGAAGUCGAUCUCGGCUACAAUGGUACAUUUAAUCCUGAAACAGGUCAUUAUUCGCAAUUGAUCUGGGGAGCGACUAAGUUAGUCGGUUGUGGAGUUGCUGUUACGAAAACCGGUCGCUAUACAGAUAUUUAUUUGGUCUGUAAUUACACACCAGGUGGAAACGUUGUUGGUAAACUGCCUUAUGAGUAUGGUACAGUGGACUGUGAAAACAAUGAAAUGUUCUCGUCUACUGAUUAUUCACAUUUAUGUGAUAUAAACAGAGAAAUGUUGUUGAGUUGCCAAAAACAACAAAAAGAGUUAGUAAAGGCUAACAACCACCUUUAAAAAGCAAAGCGAGGGGAAAAUUAGUACAGUAACCCAUAAAAUUGCCAAUAUCUUGCAGAUUUAUGCUGUAUAAAAAUGCAAUGUUUUAAUUAAAUAAAAUGUAUUAAAAUAA